AACAAGCACCAGGUUACACCAUUGUGCUCAAAGCGCUUCUUCUUGUCCCCACUUUUAAGUAUAGAUUGAGAGAUAUGGCUUGUUUUUUUGGAUUGCCUUCUGCCUUUGUCCUUCUUCUUGCCUUUGUUUUGGUCGUGCAAGUUUCAUGUGUUCAAUUAACAACUACUAGUGAUGCUACCUAUCAACCUAUGGGUGGAGAAGGGUCUCUUCGUCCCGAACAUUGUGCCAAAGCAUGCGCUUAUCGAUGUUCUGCAACGGCUCACAAGAAUAACUGCUUGCUCUUUUGCAACAUGUGCUGCAAGAAGUGUUUGUGUGUCCCAUCUGGUACUUAUGGGCACAAGGAGGAAUGCCCAUGCUACAACAAUUGGAAAACCAAGGAAGGGGGGCCCAAAUGCCCAUGAAACAUAUAAUUUUAGCCUAUGAGUAGGAAUUUUACAAUGCUUAUUGUUAUUAUGUUAAUGGGAACUUGAACCAGUGAUUUGAAUAAGUUUAAUAAUUUUUUUUAUUAUCA